AUUUUGUAGUGUGCGUUUGCGGCGCGGUAUGUUUUCAAUGAACAAAACAGAAAUCGUUUUAAAUCCUUAUUAAAUUCGAAGACCAAAGAGACGUAAAAUAUCUUUACAUCAUGUCUACUUCUACGAUUCUACGAGUUAAAAGAAGAUUGGAGGAAAAUCCCCAGGAUGCUUUAGUACUUCUAUGUAAACGAUUAAAAACCGACAGUGAAGAGAUUUCGCCCUCUUUAUUUGUUUUUAGGGGCACAGUUGAUAAUCAGGAACACAUACUUGUAAAAGAUUUGGUACCUAAAGAGGAUUUAAAACAAAAAUCUAUAUCAAAUGUGACAGAUAUCAUUCAAAAGAUGCGGAAGGAAAGAAAAGAUGUGUCAACAGAGAACCGUUAUGAAGUAGUCAAUUGUCGUAGAGGCCUUAAAGAAGACACCGGAAGCACUGAAGAUUUGUUUGAUUUGGUAGAUUUAGCUAGGGCAGGUGAAAAAGAAAAAGACACUGGUUAUAUAUAUGACUUAUACACUUCUGCUAAGCCAGAUUUUGAUGUUUCUAUGUUGGAUAACUUAGUCAGUAUUGAAAAUUAUGAGACGGCUCUAGUUUUUGACUCAUACAGAGAGAAUGGUGAAGCACCAUCUGAUGAUGGGGCUGAUGAUGAUGAUGACUCCAAUGAUGAGAACAACUGGAGAAAUGACUAUCCAGACUCGGAGGUGAGCAGUAUCAAUGAAGAAGAUAUGAUUAAGGCGAUGGAAAAUUGUGACAUAGAGGAUGAUCUCUCAAGUGAUACAGGUGAGGAUAAAAUCUAUGAUGAUCCACCAGAUUUGUUUAAUGAAGAUGUCAAGAAUUUUGGAUCAGCAUAUGCCAAAUAUAAAGCUCGUGUCAUGACUGAAGAGAAUGGUCUACCAGAUAACAGAAGUCUUAUACAUUGCAGUAGGAUAAAAGACCUAGAUGAAGAGUCAAUCGAGGGUUACAAAGAGGAUAGUGAUGACGGUUUCUACUACGGACAAGAACAAGAUUCAGAACAGUUCAAAGAACAAUACGGUGAUGAGUCGUCAGACGAGUACAGUCCUGAUUGAAAUUGUUUUGUUACAUUUAAUUUUAUGUUUUUUUGUAU